AGUGUUGUUUUUGCCUGAUAGCCGUGGAGGUGAUGGAGCACGGAGGAGGAGGAGGAGGAGGAGAAGGAGGAGUAGGAGGAAAAGCGCUGCAUUGUGCCGACCAGCAGCAGGUCUGACGGUGAUGAUGACGAUGAUGAUGGUGUGAGUCAGACAGAGGAGGACUCGAGAUGCUCGCAGCCGCGCCGGAAUAGACCAAAGCCCGCGCACAUUCAGAGGGAGAACCGAGCGGAUCCGCGGAGUCGAGCUUCAAGUCACUGACUCAAGAGGACAGAAUGCCUGAGCAGAGCAAUGACUACAGGGUGGUGGUGUUUGGAGCCGGUGGGGUGGGGAAGAGCUCCCUGGUUCUCCGGUUUGUUAAAGGCACCUUCAGAGACACCUACAUCCCCACGGUGGAAGACACAUACACGCAGGUGAUAAGCUGUGAUAAGAGCGUGUGCACGCUGCAGAUCACCGACACAACAGGAAGCCACCAGUUUCCUGCCAUGCAGCGUCUGUCCAUCUCCAAAGGCCACGCCUUUAUCUUGGUGUACUCCAUCACCAGUCGACAGUCAAUGGAGGAGCUCAAACCCAUCUACCAACAGAUUCUGGCCAUCAAAGGCAGUGUAGAUUCCAUUCCCAUCAUGCUGGUUGGCAACAAGAGUGACGAAACAGCCCAGCGUGAGGUGGAGGCCAAGGAAGGCGAGGCCCAGGCUACAACCUGGAAGUGUGCCUUUAUGGAGACCUCGGCUAAGACAAACUUCAACGUAAAGGAACUGUUCCAGGAGCUGCUGGCGCUCGAGAAGAAGAGGGACAUGAGCCUGAGCAUUGACGGCAAACGCUCGGGGAAGCAGAAACGAACAGACAAGCUGAAGGGGAAGUGCAGCAUCAUGUAGAGCGAGCUGCACGGGACUGAAUGGACCGGAGAGGAGGCAGCACUGAUUUAGUGGAGACUUCCACUGUGUCUGAACUUUGGAGCCCAAAUGAACAAACUGAACUGGAAACGUUUUCACUUCAUUUCCUGAGCUAUUUGUGCCCCCCCCCCGGCCAAAAAAAAAAAGUUUAUAACUUUUUCAGUUCCAUUGUAAAUCACUGGUUCAUUCUAAUUUUUUUUUUCAUUCUAAAUGUUGAACUAGAAAACACUGAAGCUUGUUCAACUUGUUCUGCAAAAGCUUUUUAAAGAAAUUCUGUGGCUUUACCAAAAAUCAUGUUUGUAAUUUUUCCACCUGCCCUGAACAUGUCGCUCAUAAUCUAAGGAACUGGUGUAACCUCAUUGGUUUGCUUCUUGGUUGUGGGUUCUUUCAUCAACCUGGGAGCUAAAACUCAUCAAAGCAACAGAUUCCUCUCUUUUUGUUUGGUGUCAUGUUCUGUGGGACCACAUGGGCGAGAAGGGCUCCAGCAAAGGACUUUAAUGGAAACUCGUUGCUUUAAAUGCAAUGUCACAAUCACACUUUUAUUUUCUUUAGUCUAGAAAUAUGUGAAAGAGUCAUUGUGUUCACAGAAUGGAAUGAGCAGUUCAUACCUAAUCUCCAACUACUACUUCUGGAAUUUGAAGGGACAAACUCAACCAGAACCGCUGCUGUUUUAAGAAGUGCUGUCAUUUUGAAACCAUAACGUUGUAGGAAGCAGGUUCAACAAUAGGAUAAUAUUGCUUAUAUCGGUCUGCUUUAACCUCACUAGUCUUUGCAUAAAGCACUAUUGGUUAACCAUUGAAAGUCAAAUAUGUGCACAAAAGAACUGGUAAAGCGUGGUCAUAUUAUGCCUUAGUCACAGCACCCGUAUGGGAGGUUGAGCCGUAACGGUGCUGCAGGUUUUCUUGGCCCAUUGAGGGUCGCAGAGAGGAGUGGUCACAUAUUAACGGGAGCUCAGGUGUGUCCUGCAAGUCCCUUGAGGGACAUCAUAGAAAUGGAACAUGUGUGUGUGGGGUAAGUGUAUUGUAAAGCAUUCGCAAGGCUAGUGUAAAUUGCACACACUUAUGACAUACAGGUGAUGCUGUUGUUUGGUGCCUUUUAUGCUGCACUGUAGGUAUCAUUAAGGGUGCGCGUACUGGCUCCAUACUGACCAUGCCAAAAUGCUGCGAGCAAAGAUAAGGUGAUACAGAAGUGCAUGUAGGACGCCCGUAGAAUGCCAACACAAACUACAGUCUGAUUGUCUCAUUUCUAAUGUUUUAUGCUCUCACAGCUUGUAGGUUCUUGAAUGCACGCACCAUACUACUAGGUGUUUAUACUGGACAAUUUCUACUUGAUACAAGCGUAUUUACCUUGUCAGAGGAGGGUUGGUUCGAAAUGUCAAAGCAUGUGUUUUGAGUGUGAGAGUUUUGAACGUAAGGAGUCAAAACGCCUAAAUAUACAGAGUUUUCAUUGGAAGUGGUUAUUUGACCUGGUGAAUGUAGCUCAACAGUCAGGCUGCAAGCCCAGAGUGGACGAGAAGCAUACAGUUAUCACUAAAGGGCCCCUUGGGCAGUGAGCAGGAUUUGUGGGGUUUAAAAAAAAAACUAAAAAUCUGUACGACACACCUGUGCUUCACCUACUUCACCCUCAUGUGUUUGCUAUGACCACAGCAUGCACCUAGUAAAAAAUGUGCAUGAACCUUUUCUCUCUACGGGCUCACCGAGCCGUCUACCAUCUUACAUUUUUGUGCGGAGAAACCUGCAUACAGGGUUUUUUUUUGCCCGCAGACAGCCCGUUUUCACCGUAAGGGUAGUUGUUGUGACUGAGGCAUAAAUAACCAAUAGAUUACAUCAAAGAGUUAGUGACAUUCCAGUAUUAAACAAUCAGGUUACCGGAGACAAAACUCUGAAUAGACUAACAGGAAGAAACUUCAAGAAGAGCAAGCCCAUCUGAGAAGAACAUCCACGAUUGAUUGAUUAGUCAGAGAGAACAAGAUGGAAACUGAGACAAAAUAACUGGCAUAUUUGUUAAAAGACAAAACAUUUGUAACUGCAAAACUGAUCGACAACACUGAAACCUCUGCUAGCACGACAGAAGUGGAUCAAGCUAAUUGGCUAAUGCUAGUACAAGAGAAAGACAAGUAAAUAUCCUUUUGCCAAAAAAAAAAAAAAAAAAGACAAUUUUAAGUUGCUGUAAUCCCAAAUUAAUAAAUUCCAAAAAUUUACAGCUGUAACUUUGGGGCAUUACUAGUCCCUCUGUGCACACGCUAGACUAUCACUGAUUAGCUUGUGAGGCUUUGCAUCAUUAGCAAAUGAUUCAGUCAGAAAUAUAAGGCAUUGAUUUCAUGUUAACAACAAGGUUUUCUGUACGACAUCACACAUAUGGACCUUAACAGCAUGUCAAAAACUUAUAUAAAUUACUAGCUAGCCACUAGCAGACUUUAGCCUAGCCAUAUGCGGUUCCAAUGUCCCUAUCUUUCGGAAUAAGGAAGCUUUGGUUAUUUUGUUUGAUGCUCUGAUUGACUGCCUGCACUUUGUCAACAAAAGAGUAUAAAACCAGUCUUUAAAGGGAAACAGUUUUUGCUUCUUGUUUUGUUUUGUUUGUGCUGUUUAGCCUGGUUUUGCUAAAUCUGUCAAAUCUAAAAUGUCUGCUCAUUGUCAUUUCAUUUUUAUUUUUUAACGUGUUUUAUUUGGACAGGAAAAGAGCUAAACAACAAAAUAAAAUGUCUUACAUUAGGUAAGCAGAGUUUGAGAAAAGAGAGGUACACAGCUUCCUUAACUGGUACAAAUCAGAAGUGUAAGUUUAUGUUUGAUAAACUGUGCAGCUGCUAAUUUCAGAGUUGACUAAUAGCAACUUUUGUAAAAUAAAUAACCAGACUGAAUUCCUUCAUUAAAAAAACCUUUUAAUAAAACCAGAAGAGUUCAUUCUUAAAAUUUGUUUUCAAAGUAUAAAGCGGCAACAUCUUUACUGGUUAAUUUUAGCUAUAUUUUUUAUCAAAUGUAAAACAAAUAAAUAAAUAAGACUAAAGACUAAAGUUGCAAUGAAAUGACAUAAAACAAAUAAAAAAAAAAUCUUGAAAUCAGAUCAAUCAUUUUUGUUCUUAUUCAAAUCCUUAAUAAACCAUGUAUAAUUUUUACCUUUCGUUGGAACAAUAAACUUAUUUUUUAACGAUUGAAUUGUAAAUUUAAUUCAUACAUCCUGAAGGUUUGGUUGUGUAGAUUCCACAGUAAUUACAUAUAAUUAUUGUUCGCAUUGUUAGGAUUUCUUUAUGACUUUUACAAAUAUAACGUACCCUUCUAUCACUUUGAUUUUGUUUGCUUUUACUAUAUAAACUAUAUAAACCAUAUAAAAAUCCCAUCUACUGUACCUGGUUUUUGCUACAGAAGACCUGAAAAAGCUUCUGAUUAAAGGUAUUUUUCUGC